AUGUACUCGUCGGUGCAAACUUCUCAUGAGUCUCCACUUGAGACCGAGUUCUUGGUUGUCGGUGCAGGCCCAGCGGGUGCAGGUCUGGCAUCCUUCCUGACAAGCUAUGGUCUGAAAGGCGUCAUGAUCAGCAAUGCUCCUGGUACAGCCAACACUCCUCGCGCCCAUAUUACAAAUAUGGCAGCAUUGGAGUGCCUCAGAGACAUUGGACUUGACAAAGAGCUGGAAAAUCUCUCCUCGAAAGGGGACUGCAUGAUCCAUACCCGAUGGUGCCAUAGUAUGGCUGGCGAAGAAUACGCGCGGAUUUACUCGUGGGGCAAUGCUCCCGAGAGAAAGGGAGACUACGAAGCCGCUAGUCCAUGUUCACCGGUAGAUUUGCCUCAGACACUGCUUGAGCCAGUGCUUGUUCGCCACGCCACUCUGGGGGGCUUCAAGACAAGAUUCGACACGACACUGCUGUCAUUUGAAACUGAUCCAGCGACCGGGCUGAUCACGGCCAACGUGCGUGAUAAUCUCUCUUCUUUGCAAUACCAGAUCCGGACCAAAUACCUAUUAGGGGCCGAUGGUGCACGCAGCCAGGUCGUGAAACAACUCGAUCUACCACUCUCGGUAAAGCCAGGUCAAGGCAUGGCGAUCAACGUGCUGGUCAAGGCCGACCUGUCGCAUCUAGUCAAGCACCGACGAGGAAACUUGCAUUGGGUUUUGCAGCCUGACAGAAAACAUCCCGAAUUCGGCAUGAUGGGGAUUGUGCGCAUGGUUAAGCCGUGGAAUGAGUGGAUGUUUAUCCUGCUGCCGACUCGAGACUGCGACCCUCACAUCUCCCCAUCGAAGGAUGAAUACACCCAGAGAGUGAGAGACUUUAUCGGUGACGAUACACCCGCCGAGGUGAUCGACGUCUCCAAAUGGUUCAUCAAUGAGAUUGUUGCUAUGAAGUACUCCGAGGGGAAUGUUUUCUGUCUUGGAGACGCCGUGCACCGUCACCCUCCCUUCAAUGGUCUAGGGUCCAACACAUGUAUCCAAGAUGCCUUCAAUCUGGCCUGGAAACUGGCCUAUGUCCACCGCGGCCAAGCGGAUCCUUCGCUACUCUCAACCUACAGCAUCGAGAGGCAGCCUGUCGGCCACCAGAUCAUCACCCGGGCGAAUGCCGGAUUCCGAGACCAUUUCAAGAUCUGGGAGGCGCUGGGUGCGCUCCCACCGGAUGUGGAGAGUCGUAAGGCCAUCCUCGAUGAACUGAGCGCUCCCACCAUGGUCGGGAGUGAGCGCCGGCGUCAUCUGCAGGAAGCCAUCACGAACUCCUGCCACGAGUUUCACGGUCUCGGCGUGGAAAUGAACCAAACAUAUAGCGGGCCAGGUGUGUACGCUGCCGACGAAGCAGAGCCCUAUAAGCACUCCGGACGUGCCGCCGAAGAUCCCGUUCUCUACUACGAAAAGAGCACUUAUCCCGGAUGUCGUCUGCCACACGUCUGGCUCAACAAGGCCGUUCCAACGGAGCCCGUUUCGACCAUCGACCUCUCUGGGCACGGUGCAUUUACUCUUUUCACGGGUACUGGUGGGGAGCACUGGCAUGAGGCGGCCACACGUGUCUCCGCCAAACUCGGCAUACCCAUCACCGUACAUUCUAUUGGAUUCCGACAGCAAUGGGAAGACGUUUACUAUGACUGGGAGCGGGUCCGUGGCGUUGACGAAUCUGGGGCCGUCUUAGUUCGACCUGAUCGCUUCGUUGGUUGGAGAGCCCCGGCAGUACUGGAAAGUCAAGAAGCAUGUGAGACAAAACUCUCAGAUGUGCUGGGCUCAAUUCUUGGGCGCAGCGCUAUCUGA